AUGGACACGACGUAUUUAUAUACCAAACGGUUCAUAGACCAAGAGGUAAGACGGUUGAGCCAGCCAUUAGUGGUAACAUCGAAGCUUGAAAGCAUAUUAACAGAAGAGUCGGAAGAAGAUGAUCCAGAAGGUAGACAAGUAGGAGAGAAACAAUUGCAACAGAUAAUAAGCAAAGUAAACGUACUAAUCAAGCGGCAUAACCGAAAUGUAUUUUCGAGGCAGGUUGUGAAUCAGAUGAUUCAACAGGUUAUAAAAUGUGAGCAGAACAAGUUGAUGGUGGUGAACGACAAGUUGAUGCGUAUCGAGAUGAUUUUGAAGCCAAUUCUCUUGCCCGAAGUAAGUCAGACGGGAAAUGUCAAGACGCUAAUGGGGGAGUUUGGUGAAUUGGUAAGGGAAUUGCCCGAAUCUAAGUAUCUUUUUGAGCAAGAUGAUGAAUACAGUGCAGACGAGAAAGAGGAAACCCCAGACAAUACACCAUCCGACGAAGAGAGGAUAUUAGUCCAGGAUGAAGAAGAGAGAGUUGAGGAUGACGAAUUGACAAAAUCACAAUAUAACCAUCGACUCAGACAACAAACAGAACAAGAACAAUCUAAAAAACACAAUACACAAUUGUUGCAGAAGUACGAUGGCAUACGACACCAUUUAAUUGAACUACACCGAGGCCUAGAGUACAAAUAUGCCAAGCUAGAGUAUUUGAACCAGCUUAAAAAGAAACUACUUAACGUGCUUCUGGUUCCAGAAGAGCAUGCAAAAAGAGGUGCAUUUCACAACAAUAACGAAGCAGCCACUAAUGACGAUGAGCCCUUUGAUAGUGACGACGACGCCAACGACACCUUACAUCACCAACGUAGCCUGGACUAUACGACUAGCACGAGCCUUUCGAACGAAAUCAACAAGUUUCGAGUGCUUGUGGAAAAAAUCUCGUAUCGACUUCAUUCGAAGCAAGAGUUGCAAGCAACUCUCGAUUCCAUCAACUCGCAAUAG